UCGGGCGGACCGGUCCGCACCGUUCUCGCGAGAGUUGCCGGUGCUGCUCCGCUGGCUGCUGGUUGCCAACGAGACGCAGCAAAUGGCCGCGAUGCGGAGAUUCCUUUCGCUGCAGCGUUUGUACCCCGGGCGCUGGCGAACGGCCGCUUUGAGCAAGCCUGCCUCGAACAGAGGGACGAGCUCGGCUGCAUGGCGACCGGGACCGGGUGGAAGGCGCGGGCUGUGCGUGGCGGCGGUGUGCGGUGCGGCAGCUGCCGCCGCCUCCUGGUGCUACUACGACACGGAGUCGGAGGCUGAGAGCAGCAGGAGAUGGGUUCUUCCCCACGGGGGUGUGCGAAUACCGGCUGUAAAAGCCAAGAAUACAAUAGAAGAAAUUGACUUUGAAGAUGUAGAACUAUAUGUUUCUUCCCAGGAACAAAGAUUUAGACUCUUUACAUCGCUGGAAUAUGAAGGGCAGCUCUUUAUGACUCCACAGGACUUCAUUGAAUCUGUCACAACAGAUAAACCAAGAAGUUUUAAGCCGAGAAAAUCACUCUCAAGGCAGGAUUUAGAAAAUAUGCUUGCAGAAACUCCUCCAGUAUGGAAAGGCUCUUCAAGACUCUUUCGAACUCUGCAUGAUAGGGGUCUGAUUGCCUACACUGAAUAUUUGUUUCUUCUGUGCAUAUUAACAAAGCCUCAUGCAGGUUUUAAAAUAGCUUUCAACAUGUUUGAUACUGAUGGCAAUGAAAUGGUAGACAAGAAAGAGUUCUUGGUGUUACAGGAAAUUUUCAGAAAGAAAAAUGAGAAAAGAGGGAGAAGAGGUAUCGAUGAGGAGAAGUCGGCGCAAGUGAAUCUGCAACUUUUUGGUUAUCAAUAUGCUCCUAAUUACAGUGUGUUAAAAAAAGAUUGCCCAGAUCAUACCACAGAUCGAAGUUACUGGGAUACAUUGAGACGUAACACCAGCCAAGCACUCUUUUCAGAUCUUGCUGAGCGUGUGGAGGAAAGUUUUCUUGUAGAUACUACACUACUUGUGCAUUUUUUUGGAAGAAAAGGAAAGGCUGAGCUGAAUUUUGAUGACUUUUACAAAUUCAUGGAUAAUAUACAAACUGAAAUUUUGGAAACUGAAUUCCUUUCAUACUCCAAAGGAAUGACCACAAUUAGUGAAGAAGAUUUUGCUCGUACUUUGCUACGCUACACAAAUGUUGAUAACACUAGCAAUUAUCUGGAAUCUGUUCGUCAAAGUAUUCCUGAUGAAAAGGGGAUCACUUUUGAUGAAUUCAGAUCAUUUUUUCAAUUCUUGAAUAACUUGGAGGAUUUUGCCAUUGCAAUGCAAAUGUAUAAUUUUGCAAAUCGAUCAAUUGGGCAAGAUGAGUUUAAGCGUGCUGUAUAUGUGGCAACAGGCCUCAAGCUUUCUUCACAUUUGGUGAACACAGUCUUCAAAAUCUUUGAUGUAGACAAAGAUGACCAACUAAGUUACAAGGAGUUCAUUGGUGUUAUGAAAGAUCGGCUGCACAGAGGAUUUAGGGGCUACAAAUCUACACACGGAUAUCCCAAUUUUAAAGUCUGCUUAAAAAAGGAGUUUGUCCGCAGAUAAGUGUUCAAAAGGCCUGAUAUUGAAGGUUACUACAGUUAUAUGCAUAAAAAUGGGCAAAUACUUGAAGCAACUGAAGCCUGUUUCUUUUGAUGGUCAUAAAUAUCCUGGAAAAUCCAUAGUCAAGGUGGAAUACUACUUAGUUAUCUUUGCAAGAAAUACAAUUACCCUUGUACUGCCAUUUAACUGUACAAUUAUUAGGAAAGUUUGACUACAUUGUGACCAAAUACUCAAUGCACUGCUCAAAUAGUUCAACUCUUUUAGUUUAAAUGAGUAAACUAAGAAUAGAAGUAAAAAGCAUGUGUGAUCAUAAUUCUAUAUAUUCUGCUAGUGCUUCACUAUCACUUGAUGUAUAAAAUAUAAGCUGAGAAGUCGAAGAUAGAAAUACAGGAGCAAAUUAAUAUGAACAAGCAAGAUAUCACAAUCACUGAUUUUAUAAAAUCAUAAGAGUAUAAAAUCAUUAAAAGUACAAGGACAAAGCAGAACUGAACAUCAAUCUCAAGAUGCAUUUUGUUUGUGUUAAUGAAAAAACUCAGACCUACAACCUUUUGGGGGGAAAUAAAGUUAAUUUCUAGGGCUUGAAAUGAAUUCAAAAUGUAUAUUAUUUGGAAUUUAAUUUGUAAGGGCAAAGGCAAUGAAUGUAUUCAUGGGGAAUGUGGAGAAGAACGUGAAGGUUAAGGUUAGAUGAAGUGAGCUAGAAAAAUUUUUAUAUGGAACACAAUUGGCCUGCAAUAUUGUAGUCAAUUCUUUGUAAUUUGUAUAAACAAAUCAGGCAAAGAUGUGAGUUUUCAUAUUAGUUUAAAUGACAACAUUGCUUUUGUGAGGGAAACAUGUUAUUAUAUCAUUGCACCCAAGUUAAGCAAACUUUUUACUUUUUAUCUUGAAAAUAACCUCCAUCUUCAUCUUAUUUAUUAUAUCAUAGUUUGUGCAUGGCAAUUUAUUGGUAUGAUAAAACCACAGUAUAAUUUCUAUCAGUUUGUAAUACUAUAUAAUUAAACACUACAAUAUACAUUUUCAAAUUUAGACUGUGUUGCUACAGUUAUCAGUUACAAUUAGCAUUCAAAAGCAGUUCAAACUUGAAGACUGAUGUCUACAUUGUUUUAUAGUUACAAUUCCAUAGGUACACCUUUUCAAAAAAAGUUAGCCCUAGCUUUGGUAAUUUGUGAAAUGCAUAUUGCAAUUAUAAAUAAAGUUAGAGAUUAAAUGUUUUAUUGGAUUUCCAAGUGUUAUUUUUGACUUGGCAGUUAUUAAACACAUGAGAAAUUUCAGAUGCUGUGCCAUGCUGAAAUUUACCAAGUAAUAGAAAUCACUAAUCACAGCAAUAUCCACUAAAGUAUUCUACUUUUUUGAGAGUGAAU